AUGGCUUCCCCUGUUAAUCCACAGGACCUUAAUUUCAUACUGACCCCUCUGCAUGGGGCAAGUGUGAGUACCCCAUUGACAGACUUAGGCAUACUGCUAGCCCUCCGUCGAGUAAAUGUCACCAUAAUCACUAUUAAGGACAAUGCUGUACGUUACAAGCCAUCCAUAGACCUCGCCAACGCUACUCACAGGCUUAAUAUCCGGUUACUGUGUCUGGAUCCUCCGGGAGAACAGGCAAGUGAGAAGAUGAGAAGAGAAGUACUAGAAAGAUUGAUGCUAGAGUUGAAGCCGCCUCCUAGCUGCAUUGUCUCGAGUAGUACAAGGGGUUAUACUAAUGAUAUUGCAGGGAAAUUUAGGAUUCCAUGCUAUAUUUUUAAUGCAAGAUCAUGCUUUAGUACAAUUUGUUCAAGUAAGAUUCUGAGUAACAAACUGCAUACCACUGGGCUAACAGAGACGUUCUUGGUUCCGGGUAUCCCUCACAAAGUUGAGUUGAAAGGGUACCAAUCACCAUACUACGGUAGAUUCUGUAAAGAGAAUCAAACAAGGGAGACACAGAAAGGCGAGAAUCCGGUAAGGGGGACAGAAAAGUUUAAUUUAUAUCAAGGGAUGUUGAUAAACAGUUUUGAGGAGAUUGAGCCAUUGUAUUCUGGACCGUUAAAGCAAAAAUCUUUGUUUUGGUGCAUUGGUCCAGUUUCUUUGUGUCACAAGGAGAUUCUACACAAGUCCUGUAGAAGUCUUAAGGCUUCGAUUGAUGCAGACCACUGUGUAACUUGGCUGGAUUCAAUGAAGCAAGGUUCUGUCAUUUAUGCUUGUUUUGGGAGCAUGAGUUGUAUCCACCCAUUUCAAUUAGUAGAAAUUGGUUUAGGAUUAGAAUCUUCGAAUCAGCCUUUUAUUUGGGUAAUCAGAGAUAAUGUUCAUUUAGAUGUAAUAGAAAGAUGGUUGGAGACUACCAAAUUUGAAAAGAGAGUUGAAGGUAGAGGCCUAGUCAUUAGAGGUUGGGCACCACAAUUAGUAAUACUAUCUCAUCCCAGCAUUGGCGGAUUUUUGACUCAUUGUGGUUGGAACUCAACGUUAGAAGGUGUAUGCGCGGGUGUGCCAAUGAUCACUUGGCCUUUGUUUGAGGAACAACAUUUGAAUGAAAAAUAUGUAACAGAUAUACUAGGGAUUGGUUUGAGUAUUUUUGUUGAGGCAAGAGUUAGUUCAGAAGCGGUGAUCAUAAAGAGGGAUCGAGUAAAGGAGGCUAUUCGAGAGCUAAUGAAUGGGGAAAAGGCUGGGGAGAUGAGAAGAAGAGCAAGGAAGCUUGGAGAAGUGGCAAACAAGUCUGUAGAGAAAGGUGGAUCUUCCUAUUCAAACAUCACAAAGUUUAUUCAAGAUGUCGUCAAUCUUUUGAAACUAAAACAAACAAAUCCGACAGCCUACCAGAACGUUUUUAUAAGAUCCCCGAGGCCGAGCUAGCUCCAACCACCAGCGGUGCA